AGAGCAAAAUUAAAUAGCUAUGGCAUUAGAAUGGGUAAUUCUAGGGUACGCUGCAGCAGCAGAAGCAGUUAUGGUAAUACUUUUGACUCUUCCGGGCACAUACCCUUUACGUAAAGGUUUAAUAUCUGUAACCCGAAAUCUCCUCAAACCGUUUCUUUCUGUAGUUCCGUUUUGUUUGUUCUUGUUGUUGGAUAUUUAUUGGAAGUACGAGACUCGGCCGAGGUGUAAAUCGGCCGAGUCUUGUACUCCCACGGAACUGAUGAGGCAUCAGAAAUCAAUUGUGAAGAGCCAGCGUAACGCGCUGUUAAUCGCGUCCGCGUUGAUGUUUUAUUGGUUGCUUUAUUCUGUGACUAGGUUGGUUACUCGAGUUGAACUAUUGAAUCAACGGGUUGAAAAGUUGAAGAAUCAGGAAUAAUAAUUCAAAUGAUAAAAUAUAAGUUAAAUUAAGUAGUUGUGUUUUAUAUUAUGUUUUUGAGUAUUUCUUGUUUGGUUUCCUUUGUAAUGGAUUGCAAAGUUUUAUGAGUAUGGAGUUUAUCGGU